AUGUGUUGCGUCACAACUGACGUCAACUUCAACUGCGUUCUGGGGUCCGACUCAGAUGACGAAUGCGAUGACGACCAGGUUCUCUACAACUUGGCGAUCGAUGCCACCACUUGGCUUUCAUACUGCAGAAUCGCCGGCGAUGACGCAAGAAAAUAUCACUACAGGCAACAGCGGCGUAUACGACGUUUUCCUUUCUCAAGGAACGGUCACAUGUUUAUGAUGGAGGCCAUGGGCGAGAAUAGUAAGAUGUGCUUUCAAGAAUUCCGUAUGUAUCCUUCAAUGCUUCGACAUUUCGCUCAUGUGUUGCGCGAUGAGCAUGGGCUACGUAUGAACCAGCAUGUUGACAUCUACGAGCAAGUUGGCAUGUCCUUAUGCAUAUUAGCGCACGGGAAGGGAUAUCGACAGGUGACAACAAUUUUCAACCAUUCAUUGGAAACUGUAUGUCACUACGUUAAAGAGGUUCUACAUGCGGUCGUUGCGCUUUCAGCGCGCAUGAUUCGUCCCAGAUACUCUGGCAAUACACAUGAUGCGUGCAUGCUAGCACGUGCUAUCCAUGAUCCGGAAAUACAUUUCCCAUUACCGGCCCCAGGAAAGUACUAUUUAGUUGACUCCGGGUUUGCUCAUCGGCCUAGGUAUAUGGCCCCCUACAAAGGGUCUGACAUACUUUACCAUUUCCAGCAGUUUCGAGACGAGAGAACGGGACGUCGUCGUAGAUUUCAAAAUGCACGAGAGAAGUUUAACUUCAGGCACUCGUCCUGCAGAAAUGUCAUUGAACGUGCGUUCGGUGUGUGGAAAGAAAGGUGGAAGAUCUUGGAUCGCAUGCCUAGCUACCCGUUCCGAACGCAAGUAGCCAUUGUAGUUGCGACGAUGGGAAUACAUAAUUUCAUGAGGCGUUCAGGAGUGGUUGACGCUGCGUUCACGAGAGCGGAGGUGGAUGAAAAUGUAGCUGAGGUGGAGCUUCCCAACGUAGAAGAUGAAACACAGGCCGAAAUACAUGCACCGAAAAUACAACGAAGUGAGUGGGACAGACUUCGAGAUUAUAUGGCGCAGCAGCCAUGA